UUCCAGAGGGCGGGCCUCGCACUGUCACUCAUGUCAGUCCGGCGUCCUGAUUGGUCUCUCUCCUGCGAGGGGCCAGUGAGCGGUGCGAUGCAGCCACAUGGAGCCAGCCUGAUGCAUCUGUGUCCGUUAGUCUGUUCCAUCCUCCGGAGGAGUCAACCCGGAGAGUGUGGAACACUUUGGCGCAUCAUCAGCAUCUAUAUGCUGGAACUUUCUUUUUUAAACUGAGCAGAGAGAAAUUAUACUCCAGAAUAUAUUUUUCGUCACUGUUCUUUCUAUUCAUGCGUCUUUCGUGUCCCCAAGAAACGUUGGGAAAUAGGACCAGUUUGAUCCAUGCGUAAAAGUCCUUGUUGGGUAAUUUAUCCAGAGGACUGUCGGAUUCCGUCCUGCGCUCUAGAUGGAGGUUUCUUAUCCUUCAUGACAGUGGAUCUAGGUCUUUUUGAGCCUUUAAAAGGAAUAAUUUAAUAAACUUAGCUGAAAAAGACUUGUGCUUCAUCUAGAAAGAUAAUUCCUAUUUUGCGCUGUUUUAAAGUGGAUCUAUGUGAGAGAAGUGCCCGUUUUUGUGGCUCCCGUGGACAUUUUGCUGUCUUUUGUAAGUAAAACUGUUUUAAUGGAAACAUGAACAAAGGUGCAAGAGAAGCGGUUCUCCUGAACACCUUCCACCUGCUGCUGCUCCUGCUGCUGGUUUAUGCUCCACCGGUGAGUCUCUCCGCGCAGCGCAGGCAUCCAGCGCGCUACUUUGGCCACAUCGCUGAGAACUCCCCGGCUGGAUCGCCCGUUGAUGGGGUCGCAAUCCCGCUAGAAGCCGGAGUCUGCUCCGGUGCAAAUCUUGACGGCAGCCUGUACGGGAAUUAUCCCUCUGAUUUCCGGAUCGUUUACGACUCUGAGCGUCGGGACCGUUUGAUUCUGGUGUCCGCCAAACCGCUGGACCGAGAGUUUAUAGCGAUGUACGAGUUGACGGUGGAACUCCCGCCCAUGUGCCAGACGAGACCGGCGGUCGUCCAGGUUGAAGUGUCCGACAGGAAUGAUAACAUCCCCCAGUUCCUCAGCGGGAAUAAAACGGUGGAAGCGGAUGAGCUGGCGCCGCUUGGAACCGUCUUGGCUCGCUUUGACGCAAAAGACGGCGACGCGGAGAGAAAUGGACGCACAACUUUUUACGCAUCGCCACAGUCCCGUUUGCUUCACGUGGUGUCACAAACCGGCCAGGUGAGGCUCGUAGGGUCGCUGUUGGGGGUCAAGCAGCUCACCCUGCGGCUUUACGUGAAGGACGGCGGGGACGUGGAGCUGAUCGGUGACCCGGUGUUCCUUCGCGUCGACGUUCGCGGCUCCGGCAGAGCGCGGCGCAGACCCCGUGCUCUGUCCGAGGAUCUGAGCUACACAGUGACCGUACCGGACCACAUCAGAGUGGGUGAUCUGGUGUUCACUGUGCCGGACCAGAGGUUCGACCAGCGGUGGUUCGAGGUGAUAUCCGAGGCCGACUCACCCGUACAGAUCGAAAGGGACUCGGGGCGCUUGUACCUUGCGCGCAGUCUGCGGGAGCCUGCGGAGGUGGUGGUGAAGAUCCAGAAUCUGCGAGGUGAUGACUGGUAUUUGUGCAGGCUGACUCUGAGCAUGCCCAGUCAGGCUGACCUGCAGUGGGGGAUGUUUCCGUCGCCUUACCUGGGCGCCGUGGGUCCUGAUGCCACAUCUGGCUCUGUGGUCUACCGGCUGUCAGCGAGACAACGAGACGGCGCACUGGGACAAGCUCAGUUCCUCCUACUAGAUGGUGGUGAGGAGUGCUUUGAAGUGGACCGUCGCUCUGGGCUGAUUAAGACCACUGGACGACCUCUGACCCCAAGCAGGGAGUACCAUCUGCGGGUCCAGGCCGUGGACGGACGAGGCCGUAAAGGCCCACCGGCAACUGUUUCCAUCCUUGCUGGAUACCGACCGCCACAAUUCACCAACUCCACCUACAGCCUGAACGUGCUGGAAAACACACCUGUUGGCCAACCUGUUGCUGUGGUUCAGGCCGUCUCCUUCCAGAAGAAGAGUCUGUCCUACAUGUUACUAAUUAACCCCGGAAACCUAUUCAGCAUCAACCAGGAAAGCGGCGCUCUGAGCCUCACCAGAUCGGUCGACUACGAGAGCGGUCACAACCUGCACACCCUGCAGGUCCGAGCCUCCGAAAGUGACACCGGCCUCAGCGGCGUUGCAGAGGUCGUUGUCCACAUAACGGAUGAGAAUGAUUGCACACCAGAGUUUCUUCACUCCAUCUACACCAGAGAUAACAUACCUGAAAGCGUCGCACCUGGAACCUCACUACUGCAAGUUCUGGCUCGCGACUUUGAUUCCGGGGUGAACUCCGAGAUCUCCUACUUCAUCCCGAGUGGCGAUUUUGACAUCACAUCCGGGGGUGUGGUCAGCCCUGCCCGUCGCCUGGACUAUGAGCGGCCCAAUCACAUCUAUGAGUUUGUAGUUGUCGCAGUGGACGCAGGGACGCCUCCUCGAACUGGGACUGCCUCUGUUCGUGUCCGUGUGGCUAACACCAACGAUGAGGUGCCGGUCUUCUCCCAAAGCGUCUAUAAGACCUUCCUCAGUGAGGACGCUGGUCCCGACACGCUGGUCGCCAUUGUUCACGCCAAUGACCCUGAUGGGGACGGCGUCUCUUACGCCAUCACAGGUGGCAAUGAGGACAGCAACUUCCAACUAGACAACCAAAAAGGCAUCAUCAAGCUGCGACGGAGCCCACCCCCCAGGCUCAGGGGCCCGCAGUACGUCCUCAACAUCACCGCCACAGAUGACAAUGCUUCCGGCGGUCCCUAUCCACUCAGCAGCGCCGCACAGGUCAUCGUUGGGAUCAAUGACAUCAACAACAACAAGCCUGUGUUUGAUGAGUGUCAGAACUACAAUGCAGCGGUUCUGGAGAACCAGCCGCCAGGGACGUUCGUGCUGCGCGUGGAGGCUCAUGACGCAGACAUGGGGGUCAACGGAGAGGUCAACUAUGGCAUCAUGCACAGAGACGGUGUGUCGUCCGGGUUUGAUAUUGAUCCUCACACUGGUGUGAUCACCACAGCAGUGAGAUUUGACAGGGAGCGUCAGAGGGAAUUCACUCUUUCUGUGACGGCCACCGAUCAGGCUGAGGAGCCACUGAUUGGCAUCUGUCAGAUCACGGUGCUGAUCCUAGAUCAGAACGACAACGACCCCAAGUUUGAAAACAGCCGCUACCAGUACUUCCUAAGAGAGGACACUCCAGUUGGAACUAGUUUUUUACGGGCGGCGGCACACGACGACGAUCAGGGGAGCAACUCGGCCAUCACCUACUCACUGUCCAACCAGAAACCAGCUUACCUGCACAUCAACCCCAACACAGGCUGGAUUUAUGUCAACUACCCAAUCUCACAGACGUCCCGGAUCAACCAGCAGAUCUUGGCCUCAGACGGAGGAAACCGCAGCAGCUCUGUGGAGCUGACCAUCAUCAUCACCAACGUUCACAACCAGCCGCCCCACUGGGAUCAGCCCGAAUACUGGGUCACUGUGCCGGAAAACACUGUCCGAGAUGCUAAGAUAGUGACCGUCAAGGCAACGUCUCCACUUGGCGAUCCCAGGGUGACCUACAAUCUGGAGGAAGGCCUGGUGCCAGAGACCAACAUGCCGGUGCGGUUUUACAUCAAACCAAACCGGGUGGACAGCUCGGCGUCGAUCCUGGUGGCCGAGAACCUCGACUACGAGAUGACACGCUUCUUCACGCUGAGAGUGCGUGUGCAAAACGUCGCUGCCGUGCCUCUCGCAUCCUUCUCCACUGUUUACGUCAAUGUGACAGAUGUCAACGACAACGUUCCUUUCUUCCUGUCUUCCACCUACGAGGCCACGGUGCCUGAAGGAGCACAGAUUGGCACAUCGGUCGCUCAGGUCUCAGCGACAGACCUCGACUCGGGUCUGCAUGGGAUGAUCCACUACACGAUCCUGAAGGAUGAGAGCGGAGACUCUCAGUACUUCAGCAUCGACUCCCGCAGCGGCGUCGUAGUAACUCGUGCUUCUUUUGACCGUGAGCAGAAAGCUUCUUACCUGAUCGAGGUGCAGUCGCAGGAUGGCUCCGAGUCAGCCCGACCGGGCCAGCAAGGCCAGCCAAACACAGACACCGCCUACGUCAGGAUCUUUGUCACCGAUGUCAACGACAACGCUCCGGCGUUUGCCCAGCCGGUGUACGAGGUCAGUGUGGAGGAAGACAAGGAGGUGGGCUACGUCCUCAUCACUGUUACAGCCAACGACGAGGAUGAAGGCGCCAAUGCUAAGCUGCGCUACCAGAUCACUUCAGGAAACGCCAUGGGGACCUUCGACGUGGAGCCAGAGGUGGGCACCAUCUUUGUAGCUCAGCCGCUCGACUACGAGAUGGAGCAGCGCUACGAGCUGCGGCUGGUCGCUUCUGAUGGGAAAUGGGAGAACGAGACCCUGGUGGUGGUUCAGGUGGUCAACCGCAACGACGAGGCGCCGGUGUUCAGUCAGACAGAGUAUCACGCCUCUGUGAUGGAGGAGCUUACGCAGCUUCCUGUGUUCAUCCUAGAGGUGUCAGCAACAGAUCCCGAUCAGGAAGCGGACCAGACUGCCCUCCGCUACUCCCUCCAUGGCCAGGGUGCCGGUGGCGAGUUCACUAUCGACGAACACACUGGAAGGAUCUAUGCCCAGCGCCGCUUGGACCGGGAGGAACGCCCCGCCUGGAGAUUUCUUGUCCUCGCCACAGACGAGGGCGGAAUGGGGCUUACAGGAUUCGCUGAUGUGCUGUUAGAAGUCCGAGACAUUAACGAUAACUCCCCCUUCUUUCCAUGCUCCGCCCUAGAGGUAGACGGAUGUUUCAUUGGCCAAGUGCCUGAAAACUCACCCGCCGACACCUCCAUCAUGGAGAUGCAUGCCAUGGACCUUGACGACCCAAACGAAGGCAGGAAUGCCAUGCUUACCUACAGCAUCAUCAAGAACAUUCGCAAUGAGAUCAACCUCAACUUGUUCUCCAUAAAUGCCACUACUGGGACUAUCUACACAGUUCUCCGCUCACUGGACCGGGAGGCAGAAGACAAAUAUCUGGUUGUGGUGGAGGCCCGGGAUGGCGGUGGUUUGUCUGGGACGGGAACAGCCACUAUUAUGGUUUCAGACGUAAAUGACCACCCACCUAUUUUUACUCAGAGGGCUUACACCACUCAGAUGAAUGAGGAUAUGGAGGUAAACAGCGAGGUCCUUGUGGUCUCUGCCACUGAUGGAGAUGAGGGUGAGAAUGCUGUUGUCACCUUCAGCAUUGUUGGCGGAGACGAGGAAAGGAAGUUCUUUGUUGAGACGGACAAAGUAAACCGACGUGGCGUGAUAAAGCUGAAGAAGAAGGUUGACUUUGAGAAACUCCAUGAGCGGACCUUUAAUCUCACUCUGAAGGCUGAAGAUGCUGACUUUUUCAGCCUGGCCUACUGUCUCGUCCAAGUAGAAGACUCCAACGACCACGCUCCAGUCUUUUUCCCACAGUUCUAUGAGUCGGCUGCCAUGUCUGAAGAUGUCCCAGUGGGAACGAUUGUCGCUCAGGUUACAGCAUCUGAUUUAGACUCUGGCCUAAAUGGACGCUUCUCCUACAGUAUUUCGAAGGAGUCCGACCCUUACGGUCAGUUCCUGGUGGAUCAGUCCGGUUGGGUGGUAGUCGCUCAUUCUCUGGACAGAGAAAAAAUUUCCCAGCACAGGAUCAUGGUUCUUGCAACAGAUGCUGGUAUCCCACCGCUAACUGGCACCGCUAUCGUUAUGGCAACUGUUCUCGACAUUAACGACAAUGGGCCAGAGUUUGAAGCUGCCUAUAAGCCUGUUGUUUGGGAGAACACUGCUGCUCCGCAGGCGGUGCGAAUGAAUGAAACGUCCAUGCUUCUUCACGCCGUCGACCGAGACACGUCCGCCAACGGUGGUCCAUUCUCCAUCCGACUCCUGCUUCUAACCUCUGAUGCCACAAACUUUAACCUGACAGACUUUCGGAACGGCAGCGCAGCCAUCACUGCUCUUCGCAGCUUUGAUCGCGAGCGUCAGAAGGAGUACCGCCUUCCCAUUCUCAUGAUUGACAGCGGUUCUCCUCCAGUGAGCUCAACCAGCACGUUGACAGUUGUCAUCGGGGAUAGAAAUGACCAUCCACACUUACCUGGACACGCCCAUAUUGUUGUCUACAGUUUCGAAGGGAUUCUCCCAACAGCAGCUCUUGGACAAAUUCAGUCCCCUGACCUCGAUGACUGGAGUGAGAAGGUGUACUGCUUCGAUGGCAAACCAACCAGGUUGUUCGGUCUGAAUCAGAGCUCAGGUCAGCUCAGCAUCAGGGAGGGAACUCCUCCAGGCACGUACCGCCUGCAGGUACGUGUGUCCGACAGCACAUGGCCUGAUGUCAUCUCCACCGCUCAGGUGGAUGUCACAGAGCUGCACCAGGAGGCCCUGCAGCAAGCUGGCUCCGUGCGCCUAAACAAUCUUACAGUGGAGGGUUUUUUCCAGAGUAGCAGCGGAGGUCAGGGGAGUCGGUUUUCCCGUUUGGGGCGAAUGUUGGCUGAAAUCCUGCAGACGUUGCCAGAGAACGUCCAGAUAUUCUCUGUAGGCAAAGCCGACCAGCUGAGUUACAGAGCGCUGGACGUCUGGUUUGCUGCACACGGCUCACCGUACUACAAGGCGGAGAAGCUUCAUGGAUACGUGGCGGCAAACAAAGCCAAGCUGGAGGCCAUGUUGGGCGUGUCCAUCAGCCAGGUGGGCGUGGAUGACUGUCCGUACACAGACUGCAGUCAGUAUGGAGGCUGCAGCAGCGAGGUUUCAUUCAGCCAGGUCCCGGUGGCUCUGAGCUCCGGUAACGUCUCUCUGGUUUCGCUGUCGGCCUCGACGACCGCGCGCUGUGGCUGCCGAGGGCGAGAGGCGACCCGCCUGACAUGCUCUGCCUAUCCCAUCAACCCCUGUCUCAACGGAGGCAUCUGCCAGGAUGGCCCUCUGGGAUACCGAUGCAAAUGUCCCCCCAUGUUUGACGGGCCGGAGUGCCAGCAGACUAAACACAGCUUCGGAGGUCAGGGUUAUGCCUGGUUUCCUCCCAUCAAGCCUUGCUUCCAGAGCCAAAUAUCCCUGGAGUUUCUCUCCGAGUCGGCCAACGGGCUGCUGCUCUACAACGGGCCGCUUGGCCUCGUCCAGCCUGGGGAGCCGGAGGACUUCAUCGCCGUCGAGUUAAGGAAUGGAGUUCCAGUUCUGAGCAUAAACCACGGAUCAGGAACGCUGACCCUUCAGCUCCCACCCAAAGCUACGAUCAACGACCGGCGCUGGCAUCGCCUGGACAUAAUCAGCGAUGGGAAGCUUGUCCAGCUGAUCCUAGACCAGUGUGGUGGGGUUCCUGUGAACGAGAUGGAAGGUGUGGGAGGGGAGACCCGAGAGAUCGAUGAGUCCGACUGCAGAGCUGCAGGAGAAACGCCCGGGACCCAGCGGUAUUUAAAUGUCUACCAGCCUCUUCAGUUGGGAGGAGUGAAGGAAAUGUCUCCCUACCGCCGUUACCGAAGUUUUACUGGAUGCAUCCGAAACCUGGUGGUGGACAGCCAGGUGUACGACCUGGCGAGUCCAGGUGAGAGCGUCGACAGUGCGCCAGGAUGCAAGCUGACAGACGGCGUGUGUGUGACGGCGGCCGGUCCUUCGUGUGGCGUUCACGCCUCCUGCCUCGCCGACUGGGGCUCCUUCAGCUGCGAGUGUCGUCCAGGAUACAACGGACACAAGUGUGAGAGAGCUGUGCAGGAGUUCUCCUUCGACUCGGACAGCGUGAUGCGUUUUCAGCUCAGAGGAGGCGGCAGCUCCCGACGCACCAACAUCCAGAUGCUCCUCCGGACCAGAGCCACCUCGGGGACCCUGCUCUCCGUGGCGUCCCGGGACUCCAACGAGUACAUCAUUCUGGAGAUCAGUGACGGUCACAUCUCAGUGUGUGCCAACCUGGGAGACGGCGCUCACUCUCUCCAGCUCCCCGGUCACAGAGUGGACGUCGGACUGUGGGUCCUGGUCAGCCUCGGUCGCCACGACAACAGGUUUACCCUGCGACUGGAGCAGGGAGGGGGCUCCCGGGAGGUUCAGGCGCAGCUGGGGAGCCGCAGGGAGAUUGUGGUUCAUCCGGCCAGCCUGAUGGUUGGCAACAGACCGAACGCUGGAGACAAGGCUGACUUCCAGGGCUGCCUGCGGGACGUCCGUUUUAACGGCCACAUCCUCCCUCUGGACGGCCAGAGCCGGGACCUGGUGACGCUGCUGGAGCGGCGGGGGGUCACCUCGGGUUGCUCCAGCGACGCAUGCAGAGGCCAGCCCUGUCGCAGCCCGCUGCGCUGCAUCGACCUGUGGAGAAAACACCAGUGCAAGUGUCCGGGCCCUCAGGUGACCGUCACCGAUGAGUCCGGUCUCCAGCGCUGCGUACCGUCACCCUGCGGCCCCUCCUCCUGUCGUAAUGGCGGCACAUGCCAUCCCCUGUCAGCUGACAGCUACCAGUGCCGCUGUCAGGAGGGAUUUAGGGGUCAACAUUGUGAGCUGGGGCAGGUCAAAGGUCAGAGGAUGACUGCUCUCAGCCCCAGCUCCAUCCUCGCCAUCAGCAUGUGCCUGCUUGUCUUUAUUGUGGUGUUGGUGGCAGUGACCGUUUGGAAUCAGAAAGGCAGCCGAAAUAAGUUCAGGAAGCGAGGAGUUUACCACAUCCCUGCUGAACACCAGAGCUGGGAAGACAUCCGAGAAAACAUCCUGAACUACAACGAGGAAGGAGGAGGAGAGCAGGACCAGAAUGCAUAUGACAUCACGGAGCUGAAGCGUCCUCUGUGCUCCAGCUUGUCCCAGUCGUCCUCCUGCACCACCGCCCCGCUCAUCAAGUCCUCCCCUGGCUCCCAGGAGGAGGUGCAUCCGUCCGGCUCCUCCUGCAGCUCCGGCGCCCCCUACCUCAGCAUCCCGCACCACCACCAUCACCACCACCACCAUCAGCACGCAGCCGGCGCCGGCUACAGCAGCGACGCCACCUACGCCAACUAUUCCUCCCACGCGGGCAGGGACACAGAGAUGAGUGACACGGGCAGCUGCGUCGAUGCUCCGCCCGCGGCGCGCUCGCAUGUGGACUUCAAAAGCUACGUGGAGCGAAUCAUCUGGGAGGCAGACAACGACAGCGGUGCGUUUCCAGCCGACGCCUACCACGUCUGGUGCGUGGAGGGCUCCGGGUCCUCAGCAGGAAGCCUCAGCUCUCUGGGGUCGGCCGUUUCCUGCAGAAGAAUGGCUGCCGGGGACAAAAAGAAGGAGGCAGAGGAGGAGGAGGAUGAAGGGGGUUUUGUGUGUGACAGGCUGUCACGGUGGGGGCCGAAGUUUCAGGCUCUGAGUGAGAUGUACGACCGGCCACAGCUGGGCCUCACGUACAGGGACGCAAUAGCCUACAUACAGAGGAGCCACAGCCAUGACCCGCUGCCUCAGCACCACUAGGGGGAGCCACUCAACCACGACCACACAGUCCUACUUUGCUUAUCGGGUCUGGAAGUGCUGCAUUCACACAGCCUCAGAAAACAAACGAGAAAUGUUCAGGUUAUAUUCACUAUUAUGGUCCUGUCAGGGAUAUUUACUCAGGGCAAUAUGGCUUCAAAAUAAAAUCCUUUUUUUCAUACCAGAUCACAUUUUCAAUUUUAAUUUCUUUCUCACUUUGUUUCUAAGAAAAAAUAAUGAUUCACAAAAGUGGCUUUUAUUUCAAUCAUCUUUUCUGUGGGUUGUAAUACAGAGUAUUAGAACCAGCUGAAGAUCAUUUUUUGUUGAAUUAUGAGAAUAUAGUUGUAAUAUUGGCAGAAAAAAACUAUUUUAGUAGACGUAACAUCUUAAAGUUGCGAGAAAAAAGUAAUUUUAGUGAGAAAAAAAAGCCUUGAUAAUUAUGGAGAUCUGACGUGGCGACCUCAGUCAUUGUGGUUCUCUCUUCGAAAUACUCGGUUGUGUGAACAAUCAUUUAAAAAGUCCUGCUACUGAUAAUAAUUUGAGGCUGAUAUGUAAAAGAUUAAUUGUUUUUAUUAAGUGAAACCAUUACAAAAGUAUGAUUUCACAAGAUGAUUAACAUUCCUUAUGACUUUAUUCUUGUAAUGAAGUCAUUAAAAAAAUUGUGGCCUGGCCCUAAUAUUCCGACAUAGAGUUGACCUGAGUUCAAAGUUCAGAUAAAUAGACGCUGUAAAACACGCUUAUCAGGCCAAAUGGCUGCUGUGUGUGCGCACUGACAUCACUAUGAACUAUAAAAACUCAAGAAGUGGUAAAAAAAAAACAACAAAUUUUCCAAAAAUAAAAUCUUCAUAAACCAAAAAUUUGAUUAAUGAUCCAGCUGUAAAUUAUGGUAUUUUCAGUCCCCAAAUAUUUCAAAUUUAAGUCCAGACAUAAACAAGAAAGUUUUGCUUAUUUCUGCUUCUUGGUUGGUCAUUUUAAGAAAAGAAGGAAUAAAACCAAUGAAACUCUAGUUUAUGAGUAAUCAAACAGAUACAACAGAGCUCAUUUUAAAAGGGUUAAAAGAUUAUAAAUACCAAAUAUUAAUUCUGUUACAACUAAAAUGUCUAUAAAUAACAGACUUUGCUUUAAUGUGUUCAUAUUGGAGGGUUUUCUUUUUAGUGUUAUUUGUGUAUUUUAGUUGAGUUUGAAUUAUCUUCUGCAAAAGGACUCAUCUGAUGUUUUGCACUCAUCUCAUAGUUUUAUUCCCACAGUUCUUAGGUUUUUGCUGCUUGAUGUUUACUUCUCUCUUUUUCUUGUCAGAAACGUUUCCAUUUCCUGCUAACUAGCUAGGCUAGCUUAAUGAGCAGAACAGCUUGAGAAAUUUGACUGAUAUCAGAAAUAACAAACAACAUUUGUUUUAUUUUAUAAUAAUGAUUGGAAAACAAAUUAUAAUCAAAUUAUAAUUACAUUUUAUUUUUAUUUGCUUUUUCCUUUCAACUUUCAGAAGCCCCCGUAGCGCCCCCUGGUGGCCCCACUUUGAAAAACUCUGAUUAGGAGAUGAAGUUCUAAGCGGCUCUAUGCAGCAGGUUUUAGCAGCAGAUUUAGCUCCAGAACAUCUAAUCCAACAAAAAGGGUUUAAAUGGGAUGUUGUGUGAAUGCAGCAGCUCCUCUCCCCUGUGUUCACCAGUGUUAGGAGAAAUUCAAAGACACAUUCAAUGUUAGAGGUUCAUUGUGUCGCGCUCCUUUUUUCAGAGAAGCUGUGCUUCAGAAGAAAAAAAAAGCACAGAAAACUCGUUACUGGUUCACCAGCUUUACACAGAAACAUUCUUCCUCUUCCAUUAAAAUAUCUUCUUUGUGAUGUAGUUAUUCAAUUCGUAAGAGGCUUCUGGGUCGCUGUGCUUUGCUGUUUGCGAAAUGGGACUUUCGGGGUCAAAGAGUGUUUUCUCUGAAGCAACACCACCAUCAAAUGAUGUGAGAAACUUUCAGUGGCUGGAGGUCAGAGUGGAAGAAUUACACUGCUACACUUGAAAUCUCAGAAAACAUUAAGGCCUUGAAAAUGACUCAAGUUCUUCUUUCACUGCAUUUUAUUUGAGAAUUUUUGGAUCGGAAAGUUUUUCCUUUGAAAUUUAUAUUCAAAAUGUCAAACAUGCUAAAAGUCUUUCCAAGGAUCUUUGCAGUUUUUUGUAAAUAAACAUAGACAAACUUAGAUUUUUAAACUCCCAGGUUCAAAAGAUGUGUAAACACUCAAAAAUAAGCUUUUAAUUUCUCUUUUCUACCUUCUUAUUGCACUAAAAGAGGAUUCAGUCUUCAUACAGGACAAAACAAUCAAUUUGAAACAGAACUUUUGUAAUAUUGGAGGGUAAAACACUUUUUCCACCUUGUAAAAUCAGCUUUACUGGUACAUUUUUAAAUAAGAUUAUUUUUCUACUCCCUUAAAGAAGUUCAUUGAGGAUCCUCUUUGAUGGUUGUUGGUUAUGCUCUGCUGACUUGCUGGUUACUCCACUUUUUCCGUCCUAGAACUCACUUUUUUACGUACAAAUUUGAUCUUCAAGCAGCUUUGAAAUGUCCAUUCAUUGAAACAAAAUCGGAGCAAACCUAAUUUGCAGUUGAAGAUGAACUUAUUAGUCUGCUUAAAUGUUUGUUGACACAAACCUCCGUUUUUUUUAUUACAUUUAUCACCCAGACACUAGGUGGUGCUAAAGAGAGAAGAGAAGAAAGAAUCUACUGAGAUAAAUGUGUUUAAAUGUGAAAAAUUAGAAAAACGUGAGGCUG